CUAUUCGAAAAGCUGUCAGAUAAAUUUGACAUUUCACUUGAUCAUGUGUCAUUAUUAAAUGUUCGUUCGGUAUCAUUCGUUUUUUCACAAAUUUGGUUAAUAUGGAUGGAGAACAAUUCAUGAAUAACCUGAGAGCUCAGGUAAACCAUCAUAGCAGCUCCUUAGCAAAUCCCAGUGAAUCUUCCAUGGAGGCCGUAGCGAGUUCUUCGGGCAUCAAACCUAAGAGAACUUCAAAUUUGCUUGCAGCAUUUGUCAGACGAACACGAAACAAAUCCAAAACUUCAGGAAAGAAUUCAAAAACAAUUGAGGCCUCUUCAGCAAAUUUGAGUUCCAUUCCAAGUAAUUCUUCUGUUGGGCUGCGUACGGAAGAAGUGGAACUUAUCGUGGAAAAUUAUGAAAGAAAACUCGAAUCUCUCGAAACUGGACGUAAAAUGGAGUCAGAUGCAAAAGAAACUAAAUUUGUUACAACAACUGAUUCUGAGCAUUCAAUGCGUUCAGGAAUGAAGAUAAAACAUCAGUUUUUUCGAAAAUUGAUCAAAAGGCAAACUUCAAAUGAAUGCGAAAAACCGAAUGUGAUUGCCAUACAGUCGGAAGGCAAAAAGGACCAAACUAUCGAUAAAACUUGGGAGCCCAUUCAACAAGAAGAUCAUAAUUUAGCCAAUAACAUUCUGAAAAAUGAACAACCAAGCAUUAUUGGCAUACCUAGUUCAUAUAUACACUUUCCACUACCCAUGCUGAAUAUAACUCUGGCAAAUGGUCUUCAAACUGUUCAGGCACUUUCAUCGCGUCUUCAGGAGCAUAGAAAACAUCUGUUCGAUGUUUUUAAAAAGUAUAUAGUUGAUUCGAGUUUCCAGAAAGAGUUAGUGGACAUACUGACAGAACACUCCAAAUUUCAAUGGGAAGCUGAAAGAAGAAGCAGUGCACUAGCAAGUGAUAUGUGGGUUUAUCAAGUAGAGAUCGGAAGAAAACAGGAACGUAUUUUGCAAGAAUCUCUGAAUUCGCUCGUUCGCCAAAAUAGGCAGUUGCAAAUAGAUUACGAAAUUCUGUUCCGUAAACAUGAGACACUUAUCAGAAGAUUGCAAAGCCAACACGGGCAUGGCUUGAAACAAAAAUGUGUCAUGG